AUCAACCUUCUUUUGCAACAAAUACCGUUUAAAACAGGCAACAAGACUUGGAAUAUGCUUCGAUGUUUGGGCAUAGCGAGAGGUAAACCUGCUACUACGGUUGCAGCCACCCGUGUACUUGUGGUUCCGCAGAGAAAUCUCUUUGUUUUGAAUGAUGACGCAAAGAAACAACGAAUAACUCGAAGGCAACAAGAGAAGUUUGCUCAAAAGCAGAAGAAGAACAAACAGGCACAGGCAACACCAAAGAAAAGCGGCAAUAGCACCGAGGAAACCGAAGAAUACAAACAAAAGAGGUAUGAAGAGAUACGAAAAGGAAAAUUCAGCGAGCUUCGUUCUUUGGUUAGCCAUACAGCUGAAGCAUUAUACAACAAAAGCACCGUUGAAGUCAACGACGAUUACAUAGACUCCACAGCCAAGGUGAUUUAUGACCAAGUGAAACCAAAAUUUGAUCCUGAAAGAGCCACUAUUUCCCCAAAACCAAUACCCUCACCCAAAGAAGGACAGGCCAGCAAACCCUUGGAGCUUCCAGAACCAAUCACCGACAGAUUAGGAUUAGCACCUUCAUUCUUGGUUAACGAUACUAACCAGAACUGGCCAGUUUUACUCAACCAGUUGCAACUUGGUGGAGGAUUUCAAGAUUUACAACCAGGCACCAUUCACAAGUUCUUGCGCAAGAUCCCAAACUCUACUUUAGUCAACUUAAUUCCUAGCGUAGAAGCCAUGUAUAGCCAUGCUGGAAUCGAGAUCCCCCACAAGACAUAUUACCUUUUCCUUCGAGCUUUGGCCAGUGGUCAUAAAGUCAGCGACGAAAGAUUGAAACUAGUCCAACAUUAUGUCGAUUUGAUUAAACAACAAGUUACCGACUUGUCAGUCGAUCAUUAUGAAACUUUACUCGUGAUCUACAGCAAAAGUGACGAUUUCACCAGAGUGAACCAAAUAUUACAAGAAAUGAAACAACGAGGUAUCCAAGUGUCCAAACCAGCAUUCUCAGCCAUCAUGCAAGGGUACAUCUACAAUCAAAGGAAUCAUACCCAGGCCAUGGAAGUCUUUGACGGGAUGAAAUUCUUUUCGCAAAUGACUCAGCCCGGAGAGAAGGAAUAUACCGAAAUCAUCGCAUCUUGUGUCAUGAAUGACGAGCUUGAACGUGGGUUGGAUUUGUAUCAAGAAAUGAUCAGCAACAAGAUCCCCAUUAACCAAAAGGUCUUGAGUAACUUAGCCAAGGGAUGUUGUCGGAAACCUCAAUACCGUCAUCGUGCCUGGCAAUUAUUCUUUGACAUAUACAAGCAUGGAUGGGUUCCGGACUUGCCAACAUACGAAAGCAUGAUCUAUAUUGCCGCCCGUGAUGGAGAUGUUGAUUUGGCCCGAGCAUUAUUAUACAAGAUGUUGGAAACCAAUUCGGUGACUCCUAAGGCACUUGCAUACUUGAUCUUGUCAUAUUCCAAAUUUGUGCCUCCAAGUGAACGUACUACGCCAUUAGCCAUUCUCCACAACGAAAAGGGGCUACAAUUCAGACGCAAGAUCAUUGAUGAAAUAGACUAUUCUACAAUUGUGGCUGGCUUCCCAUUUUUACCCAAUGCGAGAUUAACCAACCGUACUCUUAUUCUUGCCGAAUCUAGUGCGGUAUGGGCAUACAUAACAUUGAGUUGUCCCCAAUUUAUCAGUAGUAAAUUGGCAACUUCAUAUUUGGAUAUUGCCUUGGAACAAGGUAAUUUUGAAGAUUUCAAGCAUAGAUUUGAAAGUGCCACAUAUUUGGAUGCCACUGGAUUACCACAAACCAGACAAAUCGUAAUCGAAGAACCAGAAUCUGCCACUGCAACCUCGGAAAUCGCAAACAAUGACACUACCAAGGAUAUCGCUAAAUCUCCACUUCUUAACGAAGUCGAGCAUUUAUUUAAAGACAACCGCGCCAAGGCACCUCGUGAUUGUAUCAUGUACAUGGUUGCUGUUCGGGCUGCCGGCCGUUUCAAAAACUUUGACUUCCUUGAUUCAAUAAUCAAAGAGCGAGGCCAGUAUAGGAAAUCCGCUGCAUUCCAACAAUUACCAGCUAAGACGCGACACAAGUUGGAUUUCCUGUUUGCUACGGUUCUCGUGGACAGUUACACCAAGAUGAACAUGUUGGAAGACGCUUUAGCCGUGGUAAUUGCCAGUGAAGACCAAUUUUUGUGGGGUAAGAAAGAGUUGGGAAACUUGAUGGGGGCUUCUUACAAGAUUGAGAACUUCCAUGUUAUUGACAGACUCCGAGAGGUGAUCGGUAAGUCGCAAAUAGCCAAGGGGAAAAUCACCAGAUUAGAUCAUAAAAUUUACGUUAAAAAGAGAGGGUAUUAGAAGAGGUUAACAAUCAAUUGUACAUAGCGUUAAUCUUGAAUGUAUUUAUAGAACGGGUUUAAUAUAUAUAUAUAUAUAUGU